AUGGGUUGCUAUGCUGUUGUGCCUAAUGCAUGUGUACUUUCUCUGUCUUGCAGCUUUGGAGUGGUGAUGCCGACACUCAUCACAGCGCGCAAGGCCAUCUACAAUGCCGAUGCAGAUCAAAUCAACCUCAAGCAGUGGGUGGCUCCACUGCUAGCAGCGGGCGACGCAGUCGCGCUGAGGGACCCGCAGCUGGAGGCGCCGGACGACUUGGUGCUGCGCAUGGCCCGCCUGGCCCUGCGCUGCACCGCCAUGCCCACCGCCUCGCGCCCCUCCAUCAGCCGCGUGCUGGGCGAGCUGCUCGUCAUGAAGGAGGAGUUUCUCGGGCAGGACGAGGACCGCAUGGCGGCGCGCAUUGACCGCGAGCUCGAGAGCUCCGAGAAUGUCAACCUCAGCAUGGAGAUUGCACGUGCCCAGGGAGCAAGGAGCAGCGGAGGGCUCUCCAGUAACACAUGA